CUGUGCACCGUGUGCGUGAAACAAAUCAAGAAAGAGUGCGUGUUCUAUAGCAGUGAAGAAUCGAUCGAGUUCCUGAAGAAAAAAUUAUACAGGACGGCCGGUUGGUGUAAUAGUUCGCUUGCUGAACAAAAAUCUGUACAGAUAUACAGAUAUAGAGUGCCAUUCCAAAGAAUUAUUGCUCACAUUUGUGCUAAAUUAUGAAUGUUGUGCUUUAUAUAAAGAAAUAAAGUGCAAAAAUUUCUUAAAAUCUAUAUUAUUAAUUUCUCUAAUGAUGUAAUUUUGUCAUUUAUAAAGUUGUAAUAAUAAUUAUAUUAAGCUCAAAUGAAAUUUUGACAAAUGACAUUUCUUUAUGAUUAUUUAUAUAUAAAUUUGCAUGUCAUACAAAAAUUUGAAGCAUGAUAUUCAAAUGUUGUGAAGAAGAAAUAUAAAAUAAAAAAUAUAUUGUUAAAAAUGUUACCAAAGGGAGGUAAUGCUAAUUUUCAUAUAAAUUUCUAGACUUGAUAUACAAUGACCAAAGGGAAAAAUAUUGGUUUUUAAUAACUACAAAAUAAAUGAAUAAGAGAAACUAUUAAUAGUGGUACUUAAAAAUGUCCUGAGUAAAGUUUGAUGAAAAGAUUUUUAUUUUCACACUUAAUUAUAUAAAUGAUAUAAUCAAAUUAAGCUUUAAAAAUGGCAAGAAAAAGUGAUAAUAUCAAAACCAUCAAUGUUGCUAUUGUUGGUCUUUCUGGUACAGAGAAAGAUAAGGGGCAAGUUGGUGUGGGAAAAUCAUGUCUGUGUAAUCGUUUUAUGCGUUCUUUGAACGAUGAUUAUAAUGUGGACCAUAUAUCAGUGUUAUCACAGUCAGAUUUUAGUGGUCGGGUGGUGAAUAAUGAUCAUUUCCUAUAUUGGGGCGAAGUUACAAAAACAGCAGAAGAUGGAACGGAAUAUCAAUUUCAAGUAAUAGAACAUACAGAAUUUAUAGAUGAUGCAUCUUUUCAACCUUUUAAAGGUGGUAAAAUGGAACCUUAUGCAAAAAGAUGUGCAGCCACAAAAAUUACUAGUGCAGAAAAGCUUAUGUAUAUUUGCAAAAAUCAAUUAGGCAUAGAGAAAGAAUAUGAACAAAAAGUUUUACCAGAUGGUAAAUUAAACAUUGAUGGCUUUUUGUGUGUAUUUGAUGUAAGUGUUGUACCAAAUAGAUCUAUAGAAAAACAGGUUGAAAUAGUAGCAAAUAUAUUAAAUAAUUUAAUGAAAACUAAAAAACCAAUAGUUUUGGUAACAACCAAAAAUGAUGAUGCUAAUGAACAAUAUGUAAAAGAAGCUGAAAAAUUAGUGAUGCGUAAAGAAUACAAAGGUUCCAUAUUAAUAAUUGAAACAUCUGCACAUGAAAAUAUAAAUAUUGAUUUGGCAUUUAUGAUUUUGGCACAAUUGAUUGAUAAAACUAAAAUGCGAAGUAAAGUUAUUCCAUUUGCGGAAGCGGCCAGAGCUAGAAAAGAAUUAUUAGAUGCAUCAACAGAAUCUUUACAAAGAUUGAUUCGAAUACAUGUUACUGAUUAUAGAGCAUUGUGGUCUCAAGCAUCUAAAAAAUUAGCUCAACACAAAGAAUUUUCAACAUUUGUUGAAUUAUUUGGUAUUGAUGCAACUCAAAGAUUAUUUAGGAGACAUAUUAAAAAAUUGAAAGAUGAACAAGUGGCAAAAAAAAUCCAAGGAUAUUUGGAUAUGUUACCUGAUAUUCUUCAUGAAAUAUGUCCUGAUAUAACAAAUUUGAUCAAUGAAGAAUGGUCUGCAGUACAACAAUAUAUAAAAGAACAUCCUGAUUUUCACCAAUAUUUCUAUGAAUGUCCUGAAGAUAUCCCAUGGAUUGAUUGUGAUUUUGGUGAAAAUAAUGGAACAAAAAUUCCUUAUGAUGUCUUAGAAACACCAGAAGCUGAAACUGUUUUCAAAAAUCAUAUAAAUGUAUUGCAACAGGAACAGCGGCGAUUAGAACUUCCUAAAAGAUGGAAAAAACAGUUUAAACAGUUAUUGGAAGAAACUGGUUAUGUUACACCUGGAAAACAUUUAUCUGAAGUUAGAGUUCUUUUUAUGGGUAGAGAAUGUUUUGAAGCUCUUUCUCACCAUGAUUGUCAAGAAAUAUAUGAUCAACAUCAAAAAGAAAUUAUUGAAAAAGCUAAACAUAAUUUCCAGGAACUAUUGCUAGAACAUGCUGAUUUAUUCUAUCAUUUCAAGAGUAUAGCACCAUCUGGUACUAUUACACAAGAUGAUAUUAAAGAAAUUACAGAUGCAUUAGUAGAUGAUUUUAGAUAUAAAGCCUUAGAUAGAUUAGAUCAAGAUAGAAAAUUAAUGCUAUUUCAACAUUUGGGUUUUGUACAUUGUCCUAUAAGAGAACAUUGUCCAGCUUAUCCAAAUUGUAUGGAUGCACUUAUAGAACGAAUACUUGGAACAAAAGCUCACAGACCUUCCUCAUGGAAUCACAGUAGUCAGUGGCAAUUAACAUCUGAUAAUAAUCAAUUAAAUUUAGUUAUACUUGGAAGCAAUGGACUUGGUGAGGAAUUCGCUCGUGAAAUAAGAGCACAAACAGAAGAUGAUGAAGUAGAAAUUGAUUGUCAGUUGUAUACGCUUGGAUAUCGAAUAAUCGAUGGUGAUGUUGGAUUACCACAUAAUUCAUUUACUACUUCAGAUUUUAUGCCUCAUGGUUCAUUUUGUAUUUAUGCAAAUGAGGAUUCAUUUGAAUAUAUUCGUUCUUCUUUAGAAAAAACUUUAUUGUCGAAUUUAGAACAAGAAGAUAGAUUACCAUUUCAAGGAUUACCUAUUGUUAUUAUGUUUGUACCAGAAUCAACAAUAGAUGAAAUGGAAGCAAUACGACUUAGAAAAGAGGGUCAGAAUCUUGCUGAUAGUUUGCAGUGUCCAUUUAUUGAUGUUUGCAUAGAAGAUUUGGAGCAAGAUAAAAGAUUUCCUACUUUACUUGUGAAAGAUGCAUUACAGCAACUUAUACAAUCUAUAAAUCACAGAGCUGGUUUUUUAAAUAUUUACCAAAGUGUUAUUGAAUGUUUAGAACCAGAUAUUAGAAUAAUAAUGUGUAUGUUCUGCGGAGAUCCAUAUUCCGUGGAAAACGUACUUGGUCCCUUACUCAAUCAUCAAUGUUGUUUUCUUAGUGGCGAUCGAUCGAUUGUUUUAGAAACAUUUCUAGGAGAAUCGAAACGAAGAGUUGAAGUUAUUAUUUCAAGUUUUCAUGGAGCAAAUGCAUUUAGAGAUGAAUUAGUACAUGGUUUUAUACUCGUUUAUUCCACAAAAAGAAAAGCAUCACUUGCGACUCUUAAUGCAUUUUCUAUGAAUAUACCAAAUUUACCAAUACAAAUAAUGGCUGUGACUGAUACUGGAGGUGCUAAUGCUUUCUUCAGUAAUGAUUUAAGUCAUUUACUUAUCACAGAGGGAAAUGCAAUUGCGGAUAAAUUGCAAGCACAUUUUAUGACUUCGGCAUCUAGUUGCCAACAAAAAACGGCAUUUUAUACACCAUUCUUUAAAGAGGUAUGGGAAAAAAAACCCGAAAUCGAACAAGCAUUCAAUAUGGAAGAACCAGGUAAUCUAAAUGAUAGCGGUGAAGGAACUUUGGAAUAUUCUGCAUUACAUCCUAUGCCACCACCACGUCACGAAAGUUAUCAUCUUCAAACACCAGAUGAUGGUAUGUCUGUAACUUUCAGAAGUGGUUCUGAAUCUUACGAGCAAUUAACUCCCGAUGGUGAUCUUGGAGAUACAGGAUUAAACGAACAGUUUGCAGACAAUAGAGCUACACCUAGUGAUGAUAGUGAUAUUUAUAGCCAAGUAGAUUUUUAUAGAGAAGAAAGAGAAAGAGAUUUGUUAAAACCAGGAGAUAUUACAAACAAAUUAUCUGGAUGGGUGAAGGAUACAUUUAUGCCUCAAGAUGGAGUAACUAAUAGUUAUUCUCACAGAGCUUUCACAACAGGUAGAAGACAUAUUUCUCAGGCAAAGCCGCGUCCAAAAGGAAACAGUCAAACUUUAAAACAACCUGGUAAAAUAAAUUUGAAAGAUUUUUCAAAUGUGACGGAUGCUAUAGCUAGAAUGACAGUAGGAGAAAAAGAUGAACAUGGUUCUAAAAUAAGUAUGGGUCAUGCUCCACUUGCUACUCCUGAAUUAGAUCUAGGUUCCGAAUAUGCGCAAGUAAAAGAUGUUGUACAAAGUUUAUAUCCUUAUGAUGGUGAUUAUAUGUAUGCCUCGGUACAAGAUUCUGUCGGAAAUAAUAAAUCCAAGUUACGUCAUAGACGUGAAAAAGGACAACCUUCAUAUAGUGAUUCUGAUUCUGAAUGGAGUUCUUUGGAAAGACAAAGAAUUGCUGAUAUUUCAGGUAAAGCAAAUAAAAAACCACCAUCGCAUAAAAGGAUACGAAAAAAACGUACACCUAUAUUUGUUGCCUCACCUAAAGUACCAUCUAGUAUGGGAAGUGGAGAUGGUAUUGGUUUGAAUUAUAAUGUUAAAGAAGUAAAACUGCGAGUAAAUCCCACAGAAAGAGAAUCCAGUGAAACAAAUUCUUCUGAAUCAAGUGAUCCAGAACAUACUUCAAGAUUGAGAGCCAAACAUAAUAAACAUACUACUGCUGCUAUCUCACGAAGAAAAUUUGGAAAUUCAUUACCACAACAACAUCCAACUUCCAAUAAAGAGAUAUUUAGUGCUUCCUAUGAAUCCAGUUUAGAUGUUUCAUCUCCACGAGAAAUUAAUUCUCCCAGUGUCAAAGAUGGCGAUAAGUUAAAUAGGAAAAAGGAUAAACAAAAAGCAAAAGAAGAUGAGAAGUUAGAAAAGCGUCGUCAAAAAGAAGAAAAGCUAAAAAAACAUGCGGAAAAGGAAAAGGAAAGAGAGAAAAAAAAGCAAGAAAAAACAAAACAAACUAAAGGUCCUAGUUCAACAUUAAGUCUGAGUCAAGUGCAACAACCAUUAAUUGAAGAUUUUGCACAAAGUGAAACAAAUCGAAUACCUCUAUUUCUUGAAAAAUGUGUGCAAUUUAUUGAAGAUGAAGGAUUAGAUUCUGAAGGUAUAUAUAGAGUUCCUGGAAAUAGAGCACAUGUUGAACUCCUUUUUCAAAAGUUUGAAGAAGACGGAAACGUGGAUAUACAUUCAUUGGAUAUACCAGUAAAUGCUGUUGCAACUGCUUUGAAAGAUUUCUUUUCAAAAAGGUUACCACCAUUAAUUGAUAAAGAACGAAUGAGCGAACUCGAGGAUAUCUCAGGUGCUCGUGGUAUUAGCAAACCAAUGUCUGCAACAUGUAUGAAUAUGGAAGAUCGAAGCUGCAGAUUAUUAGCAUUACGUUUGAUGCUCAACAAAUUAAAGCCAGUUAAUUUUGAUGUACUUAAAUUUAUUUUUCAUCAUUUUGUAAAAGUGGCUGAAAAUUGUAAGCUGAACAGUAUGGAUAGUAAAAAUUUGGCAAUCUGCUGGUGGCCUACUUUAUUACCAAUAGAAUUUAACGAUCUUGGCAGAUUCGAAGCAAUGAGACCAUACUUGGAAGAUGUUGUUCAAACAAUGAUAGAUCAAUAUCCUUUCUUAUUUUGUGGUGAAGAAGCUAUCGUAAUGGUGUAGUGAAAGAUUACAUUAUUUCGAAUCGUACAAUUAGAGCUUGUACGAAUAAUAAGAAAUAAUUUCGUAUUAAUACGAUACGGAUUAUUUCUAUAACGUUUAGUCCUUACGAUCAUGAAUAAUGAUUUAUCUUACUAUGUUUGUAUAUCAUGACUUCAUCGUAGUGCAUUUGAACUACGAUUAGGAUAAUUUUCAUGACUUGAAAAAGACGAACAAAUUAAUUUAAGUUUACAUACUCGUUCCAUUGCAAAGUGUGACUGACGGAGUGAUAGAUUGAUGGUCCUAAUGAUGGCUAUUUGCAGGCCCGAUAAUAAUGCGAAUAAUAAAAAGUCAAUCCAUGUGUCAUAACAGUAUGCAUGUAUCAUGUUGGAUGUAUUCAGAGCGAUGUAUUUAUUAACAUGUAAUUAGAGGUAAGUCUUAAUAUUUGAUAAUAGCGAUUAUAGUAGUGAGCUCGAUGUUGCUUUUUUUAUCUGAUUUUUUUUAUUUUUCAUUUUGUUCUUACAUUUUUCUAUAGAUAAAAAUUUUUUUAUUGUAUGUAAUGUAUGUCUGAGAAUGAAUGUAUGAGAGAGAGAGAGAGAAAGAAAAAAAAAUAAGAGGGAAGGAUAAAAAGCGAGACAAUGGCGCAAUCUUUUAAAAAGAAUAUUCGUAUUCUAAAGCGUGUUAAAGAUAUUAUCAUAAAAUGUAUGAGGUAUACAAUUUCUCUAAUUCAUGUGAUUUUUAUAUAGCAACAAUAUCAAAAAAUUUGAAAUAUCUCUGCAACUAAUUUUUUCUUGAUUAAUAUUUGUUUUUAGUCUAUCAGAAAAUAUUUUUAAUUUGCAUUUAAUAUAUUUUUAUAUAUAUUGAUGAAUUUUUUUUCAAAUCAGUAUUUCAGAAUACUUAAUUUGAUUUAAUAGAUUUGAUUAAACUUAUUGGUGAUACAGUGCACAAUAUAUCCAAUAUAUCUUAAUUUGAUUUAAUAGAAUUAUUUAAGUUCGUCGGUGAUAAAGUGCAUAAUAUAUCCAUUCCGUCUGAAUGAAAAAGAAAAACAAGCAAAAAAAAAAAAAAAAAAAAAAUGAAGAAAUUGAAAAGCGUUACAUGUAUUUGCAAUUUUUUCAAAAUGUGCAGUGAAUAAGCGUUUAUGUCAAGAAGAUUGUAAGGAUAUUGAUAUGGUUCUAAUUAUUAAGGUAAAUCUUGAAGAUUUCCGGAUUAUAACAGAUCAUGGAAAUACUAAAUGCUAAGAACAAUACUUAGAUUCUCACAAACAUUUUUCCAAGUUUCAUAAAGCGAACGUGUACAUAAGAUUAUAAGAUUGUAAGCUAUGAAAAGUUUAUAAUGAGAAUCGUGAAAAUCGAUUAUCGAUACUUUCGAGAUUAUUCAGUGGUCGCCAUGACCGUGAGUUUACACAAAUCGCUUUUAUCUUUUUUUAUGCGAUGCAUAAUGUAUUUGAAAAAUAAUUGAAUAAUAGACGAAGGUCCGUGUUUUUAAUCGCGUAUUGUAUUUUGUGUAUCAGCUUUCGUCUGUAUUUAUAAAAGGUAUUUAUAAACAUUUUAUUUUAUUUCUUAAUUUUAGAAUAUUAGAAUACUCAUUGGGCGUGUAACCGAUCGUCAAACUAUUCAACCAUUUUGCUCUUGUACCUGCUGCGUUACUCCGAACUACAAUCUUUUUCUUUUUUUAAAAAACCAUCAUUUUAAAUUAUUAUACAUAUAAUGAUUUUUAUGAUAUCUGCAUGGAUAAAGAGUUCUGACGAUCGCUGUUACUCUUCUGAAGAUGAAAUGAAAUUCGAUAAUAUGACGCAUCAACACAUCAAAUGACUGAGCCAUUAGAACUGUGAUGUAGUUACUUGUUUUUAAUAAUGUAUAAUAGUAACUAUGGAAAGGUAAAGGAUUGUUCCAUGACGCUUAACGUAACAAAUGCGAUCUUUGUUGAAAUGAAGAAUAUUGUUUCAUGAUUAGCAUGUUAGCAUUAAUUGAUUUUCCAGCGUGCAAAACCUUCUUCGUCUAUUAGUGCGGAAUGUAGUCCGAUUCGAAAUCCGUUCGAAUAGCGACGAAUUCACACAGGUGUAGGUGUGCCAUACCGUGUGUAAUUAUUUCACGAUUUAAUGUAACUGUACAUCUUUCGGCGAUUGAAACAUUUAUAAGUAAGGAUCGUCAGACAACAAAAAAAAAAAAAAAAGAAAAGAUUGAGAAAGUUAACGGACUGAUCGACAAUGCGAUCCAUUAUAUAAACAAAUUCGUUUGUUUAUUUUAUUUUAUUUGUUAAUCAGAAAUAUAACGAGGAACAUUCCCAUAAGUAAUGAUUGAAAUUACUUAUGGUCGAGUACGAAUUCGACGAGUUCAUGUUCCUUUAGCAAUUGAUACAUUGCAUAUAAAGAAAUUGAAAAGAAGACAGGAAGAAACAAAUCAUUUAGGUUAGGUCGUUCGAUCUCGACGAGUUCGUCCUCGAUAGAUUUUGCACUGUCAUAUUUAUAAGAAAAUCGUCGUAACGAUAUUUCAAUGAUCUAUUUAGCGUUCCGAGGACGCUUAGCAACAAACAACGGAUCGUACAUUCCCGUAUUAGUCAUAAAAUGAACAAACAAAAGAAUUUUAUACAUUCGUACGUACAUAAUUGUAUAAUGUUAUUAAUAGGAACACACACAGAGACGUCGAUGUUACGUGUAAGAUCUGGGAUAUGGAUCAAAUGCUGUCUGAAAUAAUAAUGACAUGAUUUCUGUCAUCGUCGCUGAAUUCAAA